CGAUCACAUGGUAUCGAUAUGGUGACGAAAGACAUGGUUCUUAGAUGGAAAUUAUUUGGGAAUUUUCGUUACCUUAUCGUUUGCUAUCAAAAGAAGCGUAUUCAAUUCCAGAAGUAAAUUUAUUUAGAAGCAAAGAUUAUAACGCUUAGUAGAGAACUAAUGAGCAAUUUAUGAACUUAACAAGUUGACGACCGACUUGCGAUAACUUCCGAGGAGUUUGUUAUUUGUCACACGUGUAACCUUAGUCUGCUUGGGAAGAUGGACACUGGGAAGGUUGUAUCGUUUCAGCCUGUUGCUUUCCACCAAUUAUGUCAAAUUAUGAUGGGAAAAAAUUAUAAAAAUAGACUAGAAGUCACAUCUAUCGUCAAUGAAAAAUGUCAUCUCGAAGAACUAUCAAAACCAAAAGAAAACAGAUCUUACAGUCAGGUGAAGAGAAACCAAGAUUUAGAAAGUGUGUAAAGACUGGAUGUCCAGCUGAUAAACCAGAAUGUUUUGCAAAUGGAGUGGAAAGCUGUUGUGGUAAAGGUUAUACAUCCAGAUGGUAUCAUUUAUCUGAUGGGGAACAUUUCUGUAAUGAAUGUUUUGACCAUUACUACAGAAGUCAUAAAGAUGGUUUUCAAGCUUACGACCAAUGGAAAAAACAUUGGAAUGGUACGAGUCAGCAACAAGGUAAUUUAAAGAUGUUUAUGGCUGAACGGAUUCUACCUUAUUGGGUUAAAUGUUGUGACUGUGGAAAAUGGCGUCAAUAUCCAAUAACUGAAGGGGAUUUAACCACUGAUGUUGUUGAAUCAUGGACUUUAGAAUGUACUGGUAUACAAAAAAUUUAUUAUAGAAAAGCAAUGAAGACAAUAUUGAAAGCAACUUAUGCAACAGUGAAGAAGAUGAGCGAUGCAUGCCAUUGCACUACAGGACACUGGUUUGCAGGUCUUUCAUACAGACCUCUUUUAAAGUUUAGUCCUACUGCCGUUGCUUUCUUCGUUUUUCUUGAUGGUCUUGGAUUAAGUCCAACUGACAACAACUGGGAUGAUAAAAGUGUUAAAGAAAAACUUGCUCAAGCUGAAAUAAGACCAUUUUCUCAAUCUGAGAUGGAUGGCUGUUAUGCAUUCUGUUUUCAACCGGACGUUAUGGAGGAGAAUGAAUUGCAAUAUUUUUCCGAGUUUGCUAGAACACCUGGCAUAUAUUUAGCAAUGCGAAAUCUUAUUUUGACAUUAUGGUGUUUAAACUACAAGCAAAUUCUAACGCUUGAUAAAUGUGUAAGUCAUUUGAUCAUCCGUGGCUUGGUUCGUAUCUCGUUAAUUCAACAUAUGGAGAGAAUUCUUAAUUAUCUAACUGUAAAAGGAUUCAUAAACUAUGGAAUACUUGAAAGUACUUCUCAAAUUCAGUUUCCAAUCACCUCUAAACCAUUUUCCAGUUAUCAUGUCAUUGUUAUCGGUGCCGGAACGUCAGGGCUAGGUGCAGCGAAACAGUUGCAUAAUUUUGGAGUUAAGGUUACGAUCUUGGAGGCUCAAGGUCGCAUUGGUGGUCGUGUUCAAGAUGAGAAUAUUGGAAAUGUCAUUGUUGGUAAAGGUGCACAGAUAAUGAAUGGUUGUAUCAAUAAUCCAAUGGCAAUAAUUGCUAAACAAUGUGGACAUGUUAUGAAAUGUCUUGGGGAUAAAUGCGAUCUCAUUGAAGAAAAUGGAGACGCGAUCAAUGAGGAAUUUGACAGUAAAGGAGAUUUUCAUUUCAAUGCUUUACUUGAUGCUGUUGCUGAUUGGCGGAAACAAAAUGAAUGUGAUUGUUCAUUGGAUGAAAAACUUUCUGAAAUUCACAAAGAGUUCUUGGAUCAAACAGCAACGGACUUUCCACCGGAAUCGGAGAGACUGUUGAACUUCCAUUUUGGGAAUCUUGAGUACGCAUGUGCAGCACCGUUGGAUAAAGUAUCUGCAUUGUGCUGGGAUCAAAACGAGACCUUUCCACAGUUCCAAGGCAACCAUACUAUUCUGACUCAUGGAUAUGAGAGCAUUCUGCAACGUCUUGCAAAAGGUCUUGAUAUACAUAUGAACACUGAGGUCAUUUCAAUCGAUUAUUCUACUGAAGCUAUUUCAGUGAGAACUAAAGAUGGACGUAUAUUUAUCGCCGAUAAGGUUAUUGUCACUGUUCCAUUGAGUUUGUUGAAGUCUGAAACUAUCGCAUUUACUCCAAAAUUACCAGAAGAAAAGAUUAAAUCCAUUAAGAGACUUGGUGCGGGUCUCGUUGAAAAGGUAAUAUUGUCCUUCCCAAGAUGCUUUUGGUGGAAAUUGUGUGAGAAAACUGAAUCAUUUGGACAUAUACCUUCUUCUAAAGAAAACAGGGGAUUUUGUGGUAUUUUUUAUGACUUGUCCUCAAAGACCACCUAUGGUAAAAAGAAGAAAGGAAAUAUUUAUGUUCUAAUGACGGUUCUUGCUGGAAAUUCAGCUGUUGAAGCUCAAGAAAUGGAAGAUAAAGAAAUUGUCGAGCGAUGUUUGAAAAUCCUUCGAUCUAUGUUUCCAGAUGAAACUGUUCCACAACCUUAUGAAAGCAUUGUUACACAUUGGGGAAAGGAGAAGUUUUCAAAAAUGGCAUAUUCGUAUAUCGCUACUGGUGCUAGCGGUGAGGACUACACUAAAAUGAGUGAAGAUGUUGAAAAAAGAUUGUAUUUUGCUGGAGAGGCCACCAACAGAGACUUUCCUCAAACUGUAACUGGAGCGUAUCUGAGUGGUCUUAGAGAAGCGUAUAAAGUCCAUAAUGAUUUAAUAAACGAAGUAAGAAAAUGAUUUUCAAACAGAAUAGUAUUAUAUAAUAUUUAUUAAAUUUGGUCCUUGUACAUUUGUGAUUUGUUACUGUAAAUUUUGUUGAAACAAUCCAGAUAAUGCGUGGACAUGCUAUGCUUUUCAUUUUUCCAAUUACUUUUUUAUAACAAAGUUCUAUAUUCGAAAGCUGUUAUUACACAAACGCUGAUUAAUACUGAGUCAAUGUACAAUUUAAUUCCUUGUUUUAUGCAUCCUAAAAUUUACUGAAACUAUGGUUCUUGUCUGGGACAAAAUAUAUUAUAUUUUUCAAUAAUGCAUACAUAUAUUUAUUUCAAUACAUAUUUUUACAUUCGAUGAAACAUCGAUUUACGAAGUCAUAUUAAACAUGUAUUUAUGUUACAUAAGGAUGAUUCCAAUUAAACAGUUUCUCGUCA